CGCAGGCUGCGGACAUUGGCGGGCACGUGGGUUCGGCUGCAGCGCUGCGCCAGGCACCGGCUUCUCGGCUCGGCCCAACCUCUCAGCUCCCGCCUCGGCCCCUGCCUCUGGGGAGAGGGUUCCUCCUCCCUUUCACUUUGCACCAGUCCGAGGAAAUUUGCGGUCGGUGACGCGCAUCCUUAAGAGAGCCACCUGCAGCGCGGGGCGCGCCGCUCCAGGCGGCAUCGCAGGGCUGGGCCGGCGCGGCCUGGGGACCCCGGGCUCCGGAGGCCAUGCCAGCGUUGGCGCGCGGCGGCGGCAGGCUGCCGCUGCUCGUUGUUUUCUCUGCAAUGAUAUCUGGGACUAUUACAAAUCAAGAUCUGCCUGUGAUCAAGUGUGUUUUAAUCAAUCAUCAGAACAAUGAUUCAUCAGUGGGGAAGUCAUCAUAUCCCAUGGUGAUGGAAUCCCCAGAAGACCUCGGGUGUGCGUUGAGACCGCAGAGCGCAGGGACAGUAUACGAAGCUGCCGCGGUGGAAGUGGAGGCGUCUGCCUCCAUCACACUGCAAGUGCUGGUCAGCACCCCUGGGAACGUUUCCUGUCUCUGGGUCUUUAAGCACAGCUCCCUGAAUUGCCAACCAUAUUUUGAUUUACAAAACAGAGGAGUUGUUUCCAUGGUCAUUUUGAAAAUGACAGAAACCCAAGCUGGAGAAUACCUACUUUUUAUUCAGAGUGAAGCUACCAAUUACACAAUAUUGUUUACAGUGAGUAUAAGAAAUACUCUGCUUUACACAUUAAGAAGACCUUACUUUAGAAAAAUGGAGAACCAGGACGCCCUGGUCUGCAUAUCUGAGAGCGUUCCAGAGCCGAUCGUGGAAUGGGUGCUUUGCGACUCACAGGGGGAAAGCUGUAAAGAAGAAAGUCCAGCUGUUGUUAAAAAGGAGGAAAAAGUGCUUCAUGAAUUAUUUGGGACGGACAUAAGGUGCUGUGCAAGAAAUGAAUUGGGCAGGGAAUGCACCAGGCUGUUCACAAUAGAUCUAAAUCAAACUCCUCAGACCACAUUGCCACAGUUAUUUCUUAAAGUGGGGGAACCCUUAUGGAUAAGGUGCAAAGCUGUUCAUGUGAAUUAUGAAUUCGGGCUCACCUGGGAACUAGAAAACAAAGCACUCCAGGAGGGCAGCUACUUUGAGAUGAGUACCUAUUCAACAAACAGAACUAUGAUACGGAUUCUGUUUGCUUUUGUAUCAUCAGUGGGAAGAAACGACACUGGAUACUACACUUGCUCCUCUUCAAAACAUCCCAGUCAAUCAGCUUUGGUUACCAUCGUAGAAAAGGGAUUUAUAAAUGCUACCAAUUCAAGUGAAGAUUAUGACAUUGACCAAUAUGAAGAGUUUUGUUUUUCUGUCAGGUUUAAAGCCUACCCACAAAUCAGAUGUACGUGGACUUUCUCUCGAAAAUCAUUUCCUUGUGAACAAAAGGGUCUCAAUGACGGAUACAGCAUAUCCAAGUUUUGCAACCAUAAGCACCAGCCAGGAGAAUAUAUAUUCCAUGCAGAAAAUGAUGAUGCCCAAUUUACCAAAAUGUUCACACUGAAUAUAAGAAGUAAGUUAAAUGGUCAAGAAUUUAAUUUUGCUGGGAUUAUAGGCGUGAGCCACGGCUCCUGGCAUGAAUCUGUUUCAGAACUCGCUGCAGAAACCCCAACUUCCAGUCUGAUGACAGCUCACCUGUCUAACUUCUCUGCCAUUUUUUUUUUUUCCAGCUGCACAGAAGAGAUCACAGAAGGAGUAUGGAAUGGAAGGGCUAACAGGAAAGUGUUUGGACAGUGGGUGUCGAGCAGUACUCUCAACGUGAGUGAAGCCUUAAGAGGGUUCCUGGUCAAGUGCUGUGCAUACAAUUCCCUUGGCACGUCUUGUGAGACGAUCCUUUUAAACUCCCCAGGCCCCUUCCCUUUCAUCCAAGACAUCUCAUUCUACGCAACAAUCGGGUUUUGUCUCCUCUUCAUUGUUGUUUUAACCAUGCUAAUUUGUCACAAGUACAAAAAGCAAUUUAGGUAUGAAAGCCAGAUGCAGAUGGUACAGGUGACCGGCUCCUCAGAUAAUGAAUACUUCUAUGUGGAUUUCAGAGAGUAUGAAUAUGAUCUCAAAUGGGAGUUUCCAAGAGAAAAUUUAGAGUUUGGGCAGGUACUAGGAUCAGGUGCUUUUGGAAAGGUGAUGAACGCAACAGCUUAUGGAAUUAGCAAAACAGGAGUCUCAAUCCAGGUUGCCGUCAAAAUGCUAAAAGAAAAAGCAGACAGCUCUGAAAGAGAGGCACUCAUGUCAGAACUCAAGAUGAUGACCCAGCUUGGAAGCCAUGAGAAUAUUGUGAAUCUGCUGGGAGCAUGCACGCUGUCAGGACCAAUUUACUUGAUUUUUGAAUAUUGUUGCUAUGGUGAUCUUCUCAACUAUCUAAGAAGUAAAAGAGAAAAAUUUCACAGGACUUGGACAGAGAUUUUCAAGGAACAUAAUUUCAGUUUUUACCCCUCUUUCCAAUCACAUCCGAAUUCCAGCAUGCCUGGUUCAAGAGAAGUUCAAAUACACCAGGACUCGGAUCCGAUCUCAGGGCUUCAUGGGAAUUCAUUUCACUCUGAAGAUGAAAUUGAAUAUGAAAACCAAAAAAGGCUGGAAGAAGAGGAGGACUUAAAUGUGCUUACAUUUGAAGACCUUCUUUGCUUUGCAUAUCAAGUUGCCAAAGGAAUGGAAUUUCUGGAAUUUAAGUCGUGUAUUCACAGAGACCUGGCCGCCAGGAACGUGCUUGUCACCCACGGGAAAGUGGUGAAGAUAUGUGACUUUGGAUUGGCUCGGGACAUCAUGAAUGAUUCCAACUAUGUUGUCAGGGGCAAUGCCCGUCUGCCUGUAAAAUGGAUGGCCCCGGAAAGCCUGUUUGAAGGGAUCUAUACCAUUAAGAGUGAUGUCUGGUCAUACGGAAUAUUACUCUGGGAAAUCUUCUCACUUGGUGUGAAUCCUUACCCUGGCAUUCCGGUUGAUGCUAACUUCUACAGACUGAUUCGAAAUGGAUUUAAGAUGGAUCAGCCAUUUUAUGCUACGGAAGAAAUAUACUUUAUAAUGCAAUCCUGCUGGGCUUUUGACUCAAGGAAACGGCCAUCCUUCCCUAAUUUGACUUCAUUUUUAGGAUGUCAGCUGGCAGAUGCAGAAGAAGCGAUGUAUCAGAACAUGGAUGGCUGUGUUUCGGAACGUCCUCACACCUACCAAAACAGGCGACCUUUCAGUAGAGGGAUGGAUUCGGGGCCACUCUCUCCGCAGGCUCAGGUGGAAGAUUCAUAGAGGAACAAUUUAGUCUUAAGGACUUCAUCCCUCCACCUAUCCCUAACAGGCUGUAGAUUACCAAAACAAGAUUAAUUUCAUUACUAAAAGAAAAUCUAUUAUCAACUGCUGCUUCACCAGACUUUUCUCUAGAAGCUGUCUGCAUUUACUCUUGUUUUCAAAGGGACUUUUGUAAAAUCAAAUCAUCCUGUCACAAGGCAGGAGGAGCUGAUAAUGAACUUUACUGGAGCAUCGACUUGCAUCCAAGGUCUUCUCUGGCCGGCUUGAGUGAAUUGGGUACCUGAAGUAUAGUAUAUUCUUAUAAAUACAUAAAACAAAAGCAUUUUUGCUAAAGAGAAGCUAAUAUCAUUUUUUAAAAUCUAUGUUUUAAAAUAAUAUGUAACUUUUUCAGCUAUUUAGUGAUAUAUUUUAUGGAUGGAAAUAAAAUUUCUACUAUAGAAUUGGC